CAGUGCAGUUGGCAAAAGUGAUUUAAGUUAUGAGUAUUGUGAGUUUAAAAUAAAAUUUAAAGUCAACAGUUAAAUCUUUCAUGCAUAAAACCGACGAACACCAAAGUUAAUCUGUUUGGGAUAAAAUAAUGCAAAAAUAAUAAUUGAGGAAAAAAAUCAAAUAACAAAAAUCAUACACCAUGUAGUUAUUACUAUUUUUACUUUCUUUGUAACUUAAAUUACUUGAGAUUUAGACUGUUAAUGUUGAUGACCCCUUGUUGUGAAUUCACAUUGCCAUAUGAACGUGAAAAAUGUGAAAAUGAAAGAUCAUUUGAAUUAAUGGAAGCAUCGGAAAAUUUAUCAGCAACCACUCAUUAUGGAUCCUUAUAAUUUUGUGUCGCCAGAAGGCGACUUCAAUGUUUCCGACGUAAACAAUCGAACAGCCACCAUAUUUGCCAUCAAUCCGGAUUUUAUUGCGCAAUGGAAGCUUAAGAGGAAACAGGAAAAAAAAUGUGGAGAAUUCGAUUCGCAAUUGGACAUGUUCAAUUAUCCUGAAUGCUUAAAUAUACUUGCUAAUUUCCUCGACUUAAAACAGAAAAGUAUUUCAAUUGUGCCGUCUGAAUUUCUAAAAACAAUUGGAUCAAAUAGCAGACUAAAUGGGAGCGACUUCAGAUUUUCGCUGGACACCACGCUCAUUGCGACUGGCGUUAGUAGUAUUAAAGAAUUUGAACAUUUGAAUUCAUAUAGUAACUUCACUCUCUUCAGUUGGUCAAAUGAAUCCACACAUUCUUAUGUCAACGAAAGCUCAAAUUAUUUUCCAAAUGAAAGUUUCUCAAAAGUUCCUUAUCAUUUUGAUAUCAUUGAUGAAAGCAUCAUGCAGGUGUUACCACCUUUUGAUCUUUGGCCAACAAUAUUCAUCGCAAUUUGCCUAGCAAUUUGUAUAAUUCUAACCAUUGGUGGCAAUAUACUAGUACUAUUAGCAUUUAUUGUUGAUCGAAACAUAAGACAACCAAGCAACUACUUUAUCGCCUCUCUAGCUGCAACUGAUAUGCUUAUUGGAACUGUGUCGAUGCCUUUCUACACGGUUUAUGUACUAAUGGGAUAUUGGAAUUUGGGCCCUCUACUCUGCGAUCUUUGGCUCUCUGUAGAUUAUACUGUAUGUCUGGUGUCGCAGUAUACAGUUCUGCUCAUAACAAUUGACCGGUUUUGCUCAGUGAAAAUAGCUGCUAAAUAUAGGAGUUGGCGAACCAAAAACAAAGUCAUCUGGAUGGUUACAAUUACAUGGAUUAUUCCAGCCCUGCUCUUCUUUAUAUCAAUUUUUGGAUGGGAGCACUUUGUUGGAUAUCGCGAUUUGCUCCCUGGACAGUGUGCAGUUCAGUUUUUAAAAGAUCCCAUCUUCAAUACUGCGCUCAUAAUUGGAUAUUACUGGACUACUCUCGUGGUAUUGUUUGUAUUGUAUGGAGGAAUCUACAAAACUGCUUAUGACAUGCAAAAGAAAAGUGAAGCCAAGCAACGUAAAAUGCAAUCUAUGGUAGCACUCAGCAGUGCCAUGACAGGUAUGGCUAGUCGUACUGCAGGUAUAGGAAUUUCUAAAACUCAAAGUACAUUACUAUGCACGGAUAAACCAAUGACAUCUUCAUCACCUUUAGUACAAAAACUUGAUGGAGCUACUAUAUUAUGUGCUGGUGACGAAGCGUUUCGAAAGUUUGAUUUACAGAUCCAAUCAACCAACUCGUUGCAGUCAACGUCCAUUAAUAUACAUAUGUCACCAUCUAACAACGAUAAUAAUUUCAGCAAAUCUUUAGAUCCACCAGUUUUAACGAGUGAAAACACUAAUGAAGGUAUAAUCAUUAGCAACGUAUCACAUACACUAGGGGAUUACAAGGGGAACGAAGAAAGAAUCGAAGGGGAAAAAAGCGAACGCUCAAGCAGCCCCGCUUUUGAUUCAGAUGAAGAGCAUACUACAUAUGUCAAACAAGUACAGUAUGUAAAGCCUUCCCAUAAGAGAUCAUCUGUAGCAGGAAUGUUAGUUGAAGCAGCCUCUGCCUCAGUACUUACAUCUAAUAAUGCAACUUCUUCAAUAUCUUUAGGAAAUAAUUUGUCUACAUUACCUAUCAAAUGUUUGUGCACAUCAAUAUUCGAACAGAAAGAACUAUCUAGCACUAAUGAAAAUAAUAUUUUAAAUGGUAUUACUAAUAAUCAAGCAAUAGAUCAAGAAUUAUCAUUUGCGCCACCCUCUGUUAUAUCGCUUACGCAGAGUUUGGCCAAGGUUUCAUGUAAAACUACAUGUUUACAGCAAAUAAUGGAGGAUUCAUCGUCUAAUGGAUUUCAAAUUGCACAUGUAAAUCAUCUUAAAUUAAGAGAGCAAAGACCACAAAGCCCAAUCAGUAUAGAAGAUACUACAGGUACUUUUGAUCCUUUGAAAAGCUUGGACAGUGCGGAUCUACGUUUCAUGGACGAAAGUUCUGUUAUUUUGCCCACCCCAGAAAAUGAAAUUAAUCACUCAGAUAUUUCAUUUACUUUUCUAGAUGAUUCUGCACAUUUAAAUAAAUAUUCUAGAUGUAGUGCUCAGAACAUAGCAAACCCUACACUCUUGCACAAAGCUCUAAUUCAGGCGACUGCUCAAUGCCCAACCCCUUCACCAACAGUCCUGAUCCGUUCAUCUUACUUGAACAUGGACUUAGUGUCUCCAGAAGCAGCUACAAACAAAAACAUAACUUAUCAUCAUGCACAAACAUCAAUGGAAGAUACAAUGAAUAACACCGCCGUUACUGUAAGUACAGACAAUAUAGAAAAGUCCAAUACAAACCUUUCUUCCGCAUGCUUUAAUUUAAAUAAUACAAAAACCAAUUACUUUGAGGAGCAUCAAAAUCUUCAAAACCAAAAACAAGAUAUUGAUGACAUAACUAAAUUGUCAUCCAGAUACUAUGAUAUUUCAAAUAUGUUGAUUGCUGCUGAAGAAGAUUCCCAAAAUGUUUCGACUCAAGCAUGUAGAGUAUUGUCCAACAUUUCAACAUCAACCGCAACUAAUUUUGGAAAUACAUCGAAUUCAAAAAAGUGCAUAGAACGAGAAUCCUCGAGAAAAAAAACAUGGUUUAUUCAAUCUAUUGGUAAGCGUUUGAAUCAAGGUAUGAAAACCCCAAUAGUUGACGUACCAAUCGGUGGAAUUAGCCGACAAAAAUCUAAAUCUGAAAACCGUGCCAGAAAAGCAUUCCGAACUAUUUCGUUUAUAUUAGGCGCUUUCGUAGCUUGUUGGACGCCUUACCAUGUAUUGGCCUUGGUAGUGGGAUUUUGUUCAAAACCUCCUUGCGUUAAUGAGCACCUUUUUAUGUUUUCGUAUUUCCUUUGCUAUGCUAACAGUCCUAUGAAUCCUUUUUGUUAUGCCCUUGCUAACAAACAAUUUAAAAAAACUUUUACGCGCAUAUUGCGAGGGGACUUGCAUAUGACAUAAGCUCUAAUUAUCUCGUUGCCAAGUAAUUAGCCAAAUAAAUAAAAAUAAAAAUAAAACAUCAACAAAUAUAUAGGACAAUAAUGAUGUAUGAAACAGAAAUUAUGAGGUAAUCAUGGCGUAAUGUGAAGAUGUGAAAAAAAUAUAUAAUAUAAUAGGCGUAAGAUAUAAACACUAUAAAACAUGAUAAAAACAUAAAAACCGUAAAAGGCAUUAAAAACGACCAGAAAUGUUACGAUUAUUUUAGUAUAAGCCAUUUGUUACAAAAUACAUCUCAAUAUCAGCUCAGAAAUAGAUUUGCUAAAAAUAUCAAUUGAUUUCUCCUGCCGGCAUGAGUAGAAUCUUCGGAGAGAAUUUAUCUGAGAUGUUUAUCAUAAAGUUAAAAAACCGAAUUUCUAGCUGAAAUGAAACUUAUUACACCUUACUCACUAUGCUAUAAGUCCUGAUCACUAAUCAAAAAAACUACAGGCGUCCCCCAAGUAACGACCACCUUGAGUUACGACGAUAAGCAGAUACGACGAUUUAGAUUUUCGGGUUAAAAGUUGUCAUUGAGAAGAAAUUGAUGUAUUUUUUUUAAUUCCUAACUAAUAACCGAUACACACACAUUUCCAUAUAUUCCCUAACUACCCGAUCUUAAAUUUCUAUACCGUGUAAACUGCGUUUAAACUAAAUUAAUAAAUUAUCAAACAUUGUUUUACAUUAAAAGAACAUGAUAUCAUGGAUUUAGACUCUUCA